GUGAGUUUGCAGAGACAUGAAGCUCAAGUGGAUCAUUCUGAUUUGUGGCCUGGGAUUGCUGACAGCUGCCAAUCUAACAGGUGAAACAGAAAUCGAUGUUGAUGGAGGCCACGACUUGGAAAUCUUUGAAAUCAAUGAAGCUGCAGGGCUGAACCUACUGGAGGGAGAUAUUGUAGAGGACCAGACACUCGACAGAAACACCAUCAUAGGAGACAAGUAUCGCUGGCCAACAACCAUUCCCUACUACCUAGAGGACAGCCUGGAAAUGAAUGCGAAGGGAGUGAUCCUGAAAGCCUUUGACCAGUUCAGACUGAAGACCUGCAUUGACUUCACACCAUGGAAGGGAGAGAAGAACUACAUCUCUGUGGAUAAAGACAAUGGAUGCUUCUCCUAUGUAGGUAACCAGCGUAAGGGGAAGCAGCAGCUGUCCAUUGGUACAAGAUGUGAUAGACUGGGAAUCGUUGAGCAUGAGUUCCUCCAUGCUCUGGGAUUCUGGCAUGAGCAGUCCAGAGCUGACCGUGACGACUAUGUCAACAUCAUAUGGAAUCGUAUUAAACCUGGUCAAGAGGACAACUUCAUCAAACAUAAUGACACAGUGUCCAGUGCCCUGGGAGUUCCCUACGACUAUGGUUCUGUGAUGCACUACAGUAAGACAGCCUUCAGCAUCAGCUCCGAGCCCACCAUCGUCACCAAAGACCCCAACUUCAUGGACAUAAUUGGUCAGGAAAUAGGGUUCAGCGCCAGUGACCUAACCAAGCUAAACCUCCUCUACAACUGCACCAAGUCUUCUACCUUUGUGGACAGCUGUGACUUUGAGGAGGAGAACAUCUGUGGGAUGAUUCGGGGUCGUGGCAACGCCAAGUGGGAACGGCGUUCCUCAGUGAUUGGAGGGCCUUGGACUGACUUCACCAACAUGGGACAAUGCAUAGGAAAAGGCAACUUCAUGCAUUUCAAAACAGCGUAUGUUAAGCCCAAACAGCAAGCUACAAUGGAGAGUCGAUGGCUUUACCCCAAACCUGGUCCCCAGUGUCUGCAGUUCUUCCUCUAUAACACCGCAGCACCAGAUGAUGUGCUCAACAUCUGGGUUCGAGAGUAUGACGCCAAUGGUAAACUGAAGCUCUUCAAGAGCAUUUCAGGAGGUGCCAGGGGUUCUUGGGAGCUGCAUAAUGUCAACCUGAAUGUGACAAGGAAGGCCCGUGUGGUUUUCCAUGGGGUGAGGGGAACAGGUCCAUCAAAGGGAGGUUUCUCUGUGGAUGACAUUAACCUGUCAUCCACAAAGUGCCCUCAGCACGUCUGGCACAUCCGCAACAUCACCGGGAUGAUGGCCACAAUGCCAGUAGAACAAGAUCUGUACAGCCCCCGUUUUCUGUCUCCAGCAGGUUACUCCUUCCAAGUAAGUCUGUACCCAAAUGGAGUAAGUACUUAUCCAGGUCACAUGGCCAUCUACUUCCACCUAACCUCGGGGCCCAACGACGACAAACUCAAGUGGCCAUGUCCAUGGCAGCAGGCAACCAUGGUCCUGAUGGAUCAGCAGUCUGACAUCAGACAGCAAAUGAACAUGCACCUAAUGAUCACCACUGACCCUAACAAGACCUACGAAGAAGAGUACAUCUGGGAUGAUCCCAGAAAGGUGGGCUAUAAAGUACAGGACUCUGAUGGCAGCUAUUACUACCGAGGUCCAGGCUGUGGAACACGUACCUUCAUCAGCCACAGCAGACUGAAGAGCAAAAAAUUCAUCAAAGGAGACGACGCCUUCAUCCUCUUAAGUCUAGAAGACAUAUCUCACCUGUUGGCGUCUCAGCCUCUGCCCCUCUCUUCAGUCCAUGAUGUUCCCAGUCAGAUGAAGUCAGCAGACCAAUCAGCUGUUCAUGGACUUGCUAAUAACUCCUUAGCAGUCAUAGGUGUGGCAGCAUCUCUGGCAGCCGCCAUGUUGGUGAUAUCCAUGUUGAUUAUGGGGAACGCCUGGUUCAUGAGGAGGUUUAGACAGCAGGAGAUUGACAAGGUGGCGAUAAUGCAGGACAAGCCUGGAUUCAUGGAUGAGAAAUCAACCAAAGAUGUCCAAUCUCUUCUCUCUACUCCAUAAUGGCCAAUGAAAGGAAAAGUGAAAUUCUGUCUUUCUCAUCUAAGUGCCUUGCUUAUCUAUAAAACUGCUGUACUAAUUCUGAUUCUCAAGUAUAAUCUCACUGUAAGCAUAAGAAAUAAAAUCUCUCUCAGCAUUUA